UCACACUGUCUCCCUCUUCACUCCAGGCUGCGCGGUAAAAACAGCUAAUUUUACAUUUUAAUGAAUAAGAACCUAACUCGCAUGAAACUUUCAGGGUGUUUUUAUGACUGGAUGAGAGUGUUAUAUUCUUUUCUGUUAUUCGGCGGUGAAGAUUUUUCCUGUUUUCACUGGAGCACCGCGUUUUGCCGGUCAAUAAGGUCCAGACGCUGAUCCAGAAAUGUGCGCCUGAAAAGGCACACAGGGUUCGUAAUCUCUGAAUUUUGGCUGGGAUAACGAGGAGGACAGGAAGCAAACAAAGGAUAACACAAUCAGGGCAGUAACAGAAGGUGUAUGUUGCCUCUCACUGUAGUCUCCCAGCUACUACCAUGAGUUGGAGUUUCCUGACUCGCCUGCUGGAAGAAAUCCACAACCAUUCCACAUUUGUGGGCAAAAUCUGGCUCACUGUCCUCAUUGUUUUCCGCAUUGUGCUGACAGCUGUAGGUGGUGAGUCCAUCUACUACGAUGAGCAGAGCAAGUUUGUCUGCAACUCUGGCCAGCCAGGCUGUGAGAACGUCUGCUACGACGCCUUCGCACCACUUUCACAUGUCCGCUUCUGGGUUUUCCAAAUCAUUCUGGUGGCUGCGCCGUCGCUCAUGUACCUGGGAUACGCUGUCAACAAGAUUGCUCGGGCAGAGGAGCAGGCUGACAGCAGGGGAGUGAGUGGAUUUUCCCGAAGGAAACCCAAGAAGCACUAUCUGGCAGGCAGAAAGCAGCACAGCAGCACUGAAGAGGCUGAGGAUCACAACGAGGAAGACCCAAUGAUCUACGAAAUGACAGAGGUUGAGAGCGACGGUGGGGAAGCAGCAAAAGGAGGCAGCGGUGACAGACAAGUGAAAGGGAAGGUCCGCCAUGACGGGCGUCAGCGUAUCAAAGAAGAUGGACUGAUGCGCAUCUAUGUCAUCCAGCUCUUGGCCCGCUCCUUGCUGGAGGUGGCUUUCUUGUGUGGACAGUACUUCCUGUAUGGAUUUGCUGUACCUGCCAACUAUGUAUGCUCAGAGCUGCCCUGCCCUCAUCGCGUGGACUGCUUUGUGUCACGGCCGACUGAAAAAACCAUCUUUCUCCUCAUCAUGUACAUGGUCUCCGUGCUCUGUCUGGUCCUCAAUAUAUGGGAGAUGCUUCACCUGGGCAUCGGUACCAUCUGUGAAAUUAUACGCUCCCGCCAGGUGCAGCUCCCUGACGACGAGCUAUACAGGCUUACAAGGGGGCAAGGGGCUCUGAAUGAGGCGGGACUGAGCGGAGACGAUUACAGCAGCUACCCCUUUUCUUGGAAUGCACCAUCGGCUCCACCGGGUUACAACAUCGCCAUAAAGCCUCUUCUGGUACCCACUGGAAACCACAGCCAGCCACUACCCAUCACCGACCUCACUAAUGCCAAGAUAGCGUGUCGGCAGAACCACGUCAACAUUGCCCAAGAGGAGCGUCAGCAGUACACCAAUAAUGAUGAAAACCUGUGCAGAGAUGGGAUGGGAGAUGCCCCCAGAGGUGUUCAUAAGGACAUCGGUCAGCCUCCGAACAAGCUGGAGGUUAACAGCCAGUCCUACAGCCAGCGGCAGAGCCACAGCAAUAACCACAGCAAGCCUCACCGCGAACGCAAACACCGGCAGGCCUCCAGACAUGCCUCCAGCAAGGCUGACACGGACAGAGGCAGCAGUGGCAACAGCAGUAGCAGCAAAUAUGGAGUGAUAAAGGGCUCUGAGUGGAUCUGAAGCACAGACUUAUUUUCUUGUUAUUCUUGAAGCAAUGCAAAUCCUCAGCAAACACAGUAUUUGCAUUACUGUAUCGAUAAGAACAAAUUUAACACUCAUUUAUAAACCGAAAUGUCUCUUCUGCUAGUAAACAGCAUGUUUAAUGCAUCUAUGCUGGAGAUUCAUUGGGUGCAAAAUUCAGUUACAGUUUACAUAGAUAUGCAAAAAAAUGCCUUUAGUAGUUUAAAAAUAUGUUAUUUCAAGUAGAAAGUUGUCUAAAAGCAACCUUUACACCUCUGGGAGAAACAAAAUAGUCAUGGCUUCAUUAGCAUAAGUAUAAACUUGUACAGUUUUGCUGCACGGUUUCAGUGUUAGUGUUGUGCAUUGAGCAAUGAAACAGACCCUGCUACUAACAUUUACACAGCAACUUGCAAGAAACAGUUGAAAAUAAUGUGACUGUGGCACAAAAUGAUGUUUAGCUCUGCUGCAAAUGUGAACAGCAUUGCAUUACAGUAGAGUGAAAGUAUCAAAAUAACUAUAUAUUUUAAUAGCUUUUGCUGUAAGGUCUUGGUGCCGUAAUUUAACAGGGGCCUCUAUGCUGUAAUCUCUAGUGCCUUAUUUAAACAGUCAGAGAGCUGUUUCAGGCUGACUAUGCAGCACUUUAUGUUCAACAUAUUUUUUUUCUUUUUAUAAAAUCACCAUAGACUGAAAACAGGACCUCAGUCCUGCUGUCUAUAUAAAUAUUCACCAGUUCACCAUCCAGGGUUUCAAGCUUUGAACGAUAUUGCUGUUUCUGAAUAUGCAAAGUGUUGUUUUUUUUUUUUAACCUGAUCAUCUUUCAUGUGGAUUGAUUGUUUUCCAGAACCAUAAAGAAAAUGUAAACUGAAGUAUGUUUAAGCUGGUAGUUUCACCAUGUUUUCAGUUGGUAAGGUUACAGCCUUUUUGCCAUUUUUUGGAGAGAGAAAAUAAGAUCUCAUGUAAGUGUUUUGACAGAUUGUAAAUUGUAUCGGGAAAUGGAAAUGUUUGGCAAUGUUUAGCAACGUAACCCUGAUAUUAUAGCUGUUGUUAGUGUCUUACUGUCAAGCUAUUAUCAUUUUUGACAUAUUUUUAUUUCAAGUUUAUGCUGUGAAAUUUUUCUCAACUGUUAUUCCAUUCGACCUGGUACACACAAUUCUUUUUCAUCAAAAUAUUUUCAUUUACAGGUCUUUAAACUGAAAUGCCAUUAGGGCUAUUUGUUUGCACUGCCAGUGUUCAUUUUUUGAAAAACUAUUUUUAUGAACAAGAAGUGCAUGUUUUGAAUAAAGAAUUUGUAUUUGU